CAAUAACUCGUAAAAAAAAAAAAAAAACAUGAUAAAAACCUUAUAACAAAUAUACAGUCUUAGAAUUCCUAUCUGGUCUGUAAUCAUAUUCUCGAAUUUAAAAAAAAUCUUCAUCUAGACGUAUAGGGCAAAUUUUAAACGCAUUAUCAGGAUGACGUAACACUUCCUGAGAAAUCAAUACCAAAAACUUGUAGAUCGUUACCUUCUUAUCAGCCAAGUGAUUUGGAAUCAAUUGCAAGUAAAUACGAAUUAGUAGAAUUUGCACUCUUUGCACAGUAACAUGUUGACUCUUUUCUUCCUGUUAACCGUAGCAAGUGGAUACGGUACAGCCAUAAGUGAUAGAAUAAUUGGUGGGACAUCGGUAACCAUAAGAGAUUACCCUUAUCAGGUAUCAAUUAUCUACAAUGGUGCUCAUCAAUGCGGUGGCUCGAUAUUAAGUAAUCAAUGGAUCCUCACGGCUGCUCAUUGCGUGUACAGGCGUAAAAUCAACCUCAUCAAUAUCCGCGUUGGAUCCACGUAUGUGUCGAGUGGAGGAACUUUGCUCACUGAUAUAUCGAAACUGAUAACUCAUCCACAGUAUGACGAAGAUUCGUACGGCUUUGACGUGGCUUUAAUAAAGCCCGCCAAGGCUUUCGCUCUGAGCUCAUCAGCACGUGCUGUCCGUUUGCCCUCUGCUACGUCCACCAUAUCGAUUGGUACUCGGGCUGUCGUCACUGGAUGGGGCAAAACUUCGACGAAUGGCGUCGUGUCCAGGACUCUGCAAGCACUGACAGUUCCUAUAGUCGAUCAGACCACGUGUUACAAUGUUUAUAUUUAUUAUAACACUGUAACGAAGGAGAUGCUGUGCGCGGGAUAUACCAACGGCAGUAAGGACACCUGUCAGGGGGAUUCGGGUGGGCCGCUUGUUCACAAUGGCGUUCAAGUGGGAAUUGUUUCGUGGGGCGCUGGAUGCGCCACUCCUGGAUAUCCAGGGGUGUACACGAGAAUUUCGGCGGUACGAGCAUGGAUAACUAAACAGGCUGGUAUAUAGGGGAUCAAUGGAGAAUUGGAUGAUUUAAAAAAAAAUGUUGUAACUGAAUUUAUUCUUUGAAAAAAAUAAAUAUUUUUCUUUCCACGAAAUGGAAAUAUCGAUUGUGAUGACUUUAUCAAGUAAUUUAAUCAUCGAGACCACGUGGCUAAACCAAUAUAUGACAGCUGGGCUAAAUAAUAAAUAUAAGUGACAUUUCUCUGGGGAAUUAAUUUUAAUAUUAAUUUGUAUUCGGAUAAUUUUUUUUUCGAAAAAUCGAAAAUUUUCUAUUGACUUGCCAAGAAUGAUAUUUAUAAUUAUGGUAUUGGGGUUUGCAAGCGGAUUUCUUAUCAAUCGAUACUGUUAUCGAUUGGACAAGGUUGACGUUGAUUAUUUUUAAUAAUUUUUUUUCCUCUGAUAUCUUUUUACGGACAUCUAAUUGCA